AUGUCGACCUCAAUAUCCGUACUUGUCGUCUGUCUGGGCAACAUCUGCCGAUCUCCAUUGGGUGAGGCAGUCCUGAAACAUGUCGCCAAGGAGCGCGGGCUCGACGUGACCGUCGACUCCGCGGGCACAUCGCGCUACCACAUCGGCGAGGAUCCUGACGAUCGGUCUGUCUCCGUGUGCAAAUCGCACAACGUCCCGAUCAAGCACUCGGCGCGCCAGGUCACCCAGGAGGACUUCCGCCGGUUCGACUACAUCCUCGCGGCGGACGAGGCCAAUUUGCGUGACCUGACGCGGGUGCAGCCCAAGGACGGGAAGGCAGAGCUCCGGCUGUGGGGGUCGUAUCUCGACAACAGGGCGAUCCCCGAUCCGUACUACGGUGGUCUCAAUGGGUUCGAAGAGGUGUACAAGCAAUGUGAGAACCUGUCAAACGCGUUCCUUGACAAGAUAUUUGGGGCGAGCACACAAAGUGUAGAAUAG